UAAAGAGGGCAUAAAAUCUGUGUAAAUACAGAUAUAUAUAUCUGUGAUAAAUCUGUACAAAAUCUGAUCCAGCGAUGCAAUAAUUUGCUUGGGUUGCAAACACCUUAAAAAGGGGGCAGCACUCCACAUCUUUUUGAUUCCUCAGCAACUCUUUUUUUUUUCUCUGCAAAACACAAAUUAAGGCUUGGGGAUUUGCGGUAGCUACCUAUACUUGAAUUCAAUCUCUUUGUCUGUCUGUCUCUUCCAUUUGGCAUAUAAUACACCAUCGUCAUCAUCAUCAUCAUCAGUAGUUAAGAAAGGAUGGGUAGCAGUUAUUUUGGAGAACCAAACAUGGGAAGUGAAAGGGGAGGUUCAUCGUCUUCAAGAAAAGGCAAGAAGGGUAAUUCAGAGAAGCCUAAGCAACCCCAGAGAGGGCUUGGUGUUGCUCAAUUGGAGAAGAUCAGAUUACAUGGUCAAAUGGCUUCUACCUAUCUUCCUCUUCAUCAUGGAACUUACCCUGCUAAUUUCAACCAGGAAGAUAACAUGAGAGCUUAUUCAUCUAUGGCCUCAUCAUCUUUUUCUUAUUCAUCAACUUCCUCGCCUUCUUAUGGUUUCCAGUACCCCAACAUGAUGAUGGGGGUUGGAGAAUACGAUCAAAGGGCAAACAUCAGAUAUGGUGAUUCCCAACCAAGCAGUGGCUUCUUAGACACCCAACAUUUUGCACAACCAAACAUGACCAGACAACUUCUAAACCUACAUGUUGAGGAUUCACAUUCAAGGAGCAAAAAACAUCGCAGCAACUCAUUGGGAUCGAGCAGUCAGAAUUCAGUAUCAAGCGACACACAAGAGUUAGAUUUGGAGCUCAGACUGUCACUGUAAUCAGUAAAUUUUUUCUGCCACUUUAAAUGCACGAUCAUGGAACUGCAUUUUAUGCUUUCCUAGAAUUGUAAGUUCAAAUAAGGUGUUGAUCUUGCAAUUCAUACAUACAACUUGAGCAAGUUAAUAUGAACUAGUUUGAAUUUAAAAAAAAAUUCAAAGGAAUCUGAUGUAAUCAAAGGCAAAUUGACUUGUUGCAUGAGAUAUAGUGAAAAAAUUGAUCUUCUUGUUCA